AUGUCUUGGUCCAUUCGGCCCUCUCAGUCCGACAACUCCGAACCCACCCCGGAAUACGGCGAGAGGCUUUCCCUCAUGAUCCAGAGCAGCGACCCAAAGCUCGACUUGGUGCGACACAAAGCCGCCGAGAUACUCGACGCCAUACGCAGAGACUAUGCACCCCGGAACUUGCCUGAGCUGGGCACAAUCCACAUCUCCGCAGGAAUGGACGUCCGCCUCGAUCUGAGCGACCCCAUUGACGCCUUUCUCCUAGCAGGAACCUGGGCGAUCCACCUCCUCGUCCGAGCCUUGAUUCUCGAAUUCACAGACGCACAAGAGAGCCUUGAGCUGACCCGAAACCUGCCCGUGGCCCUGGUCAGAGUCUGCCGGACCUUCAUGGCCCACCACCGCGCAGACUCGUACGUCUUCCGCGACCUCCUCGUCGCUCGAAUCCUCGAGGCGAUCGCCAUCGUAGGCGAGAUCAACAGCGCCGGGCGGCCCUGGAGGCCUUCCGGGGUCGCUGGGUGGUUGACCUCGUGGGCGGUGACCAAGACGCUCGACAGGGAGCUCGAGGAAACGUCCAAGGCGGUGCUGAGCAGGAUGCUCCGAGACGUGGGCGUGCACACCCUCGACGAGUGGGAGACCCCCACCGACGAGUCGUAUUGCCUCUGGCUCUUUGGGAGGGCGGAUUGGCUGACGAGGGGCAGCGGCUAA